AUGGAUAAUGGUCAAUUGAGCGGCAUUGUUUUUCUUGACAUUCGUAAAGCCUUCGACUCAAUUGAUCAUAAUAUUCUGCUUCAUAAAUUAAAAGAUCAAUUCGGUAAAUCGGAUAUUGAGUUAAGAUGGUUUGAGUCUUACUUAAAUAAUAGGGAGCAAGUCUGUAUUGUUAAUAAUUCAAUGUCAUCGUCAAAAAGGAUUGUUUCUGGGGUUCCGCAGGGAUCUAUUUCAGGUCCACUGUUAUUUUUACUCUAGAUCAAUGACCUCCCCGACUGCCUUCAAAAAACUACUCCUUAUUUAUAUGCUGACGAUACCCAAAUUUGCUGCAGCUCUAACAGUUUGAUUGAAUUAACCGAAAACCUUAAUCACGAUCUGAGUAGAAUCGGUGAUUGGCUUUCUAGAAAUAAAUUACAACACCACCCAACUAAGACCAAAAUAAUGUUCUUUGGCUCUAAACAUCAUAUUAAUUCCACAACUUUUGAUCAUCCAGUGAUGUUAAAUAACCAACGCAUCCCCAGAGUUCACUCUUUCACAUGUCUUGGUCUCGAUUUAGAUGAAAAUCUUAACUGGAAUUCACAUAUUCAGGCGAUUUGCAAAAAGGUUGGAGCAGGCCUGGGUACUUUGAGACAUAUUAAACCCUUUGUUCCAAUAACCACCCUUCAAACAAUUUAUCGAGCUCUGAUUCAGCCGUAUUUUGAUUAUUGUUCUCCCAUUUGGGGUGUCUGUGAUCAAAAUUUGAAAAAUAAACUCCAAAAAUUUCAAAAUCGCGCAGCCCGAAUCAUUGUCGGUGCAAGUUAUGAGAUUAGAUCUGCUGAUGUUCUUCAAUCUCGUGCUUGGGACAAUUUAGAGACAAUACGACGUACAAACAAAGCAAUAUUAAUGUUUAAAGUCUUGAAGGAUUACGUAGGACCUACGUUGAAAGAAUCCUUGAUAAGACGCAAUCAUAUGCAAACAAAUUAUGAUCUUAGAAAUAGUCAUACAGAUUUGGCUCUUCCUAAGCCUAAAAGAGAAUUCCUAAAAAAGGGUUUUAAAUACAGUGGAGCUAAGCUAUGGAAUAGUCUCUCUAUCGAUACGAAACUAGCAGAAUCAAUGCACCUGUUCAAAAGCCAUUUAAAACUUAACUCUAAUACUAUAUAUAUUUGAAAUAAAUUGUAACUCCGUCUAACCAUAACAUCUGGGGUCACACCAAUUUGUAAAUAGUCUUCUUUUCCCUUACAUUUUUUGUAAUUUUUAACAUUGUAGACGCCCCCCGUGGAAACCAACGCACCGUUGACGGGGCUAGUGUCUCUAAAUAAAGUUUUAAUACAAUAAUACAAUACAAUACUAUCCUUGGAUCCCUAGUUUAUAAUUAAUAUUUGUCCCUUUAUCUCUAUAACUUUAUUUACUUCCUAUGUUUGGAGCCGUAGACGUCUUCUAACAUUCAGGUACCCUAAUAUAUGUUUUUAACUUGAAGACAAGGAUCAACAUGGAAUGUCAGAGGAUGACGAUGGUAAAUUGCCUUUUUUAUAAUAUAUUUGUCCCUUUAAUCUUUAUAUAUAUUAACCUGAUUUACUUCUUAUGUUUGGAGCCGUAGACGUCUUAUAACAUUCAGCGGACACUAAUAUAUGUUUUUAAAUUUUUAGAAACUGGAGACAAGGAUCAACAUAAAAUGUCAGAGGAUGACGAUGGUAUAAAAGACCUUUUUUAAUUAAUUUUAUCUAACUUUAAAUUACUUCUUAUAAGUUCGCAGGUGUAAACGACGUUUCUCCAACUGUAUUGGACCAUAAACGUAGAAAUUAGUAUAAUUGCACUUUCACGGGGAUUAUAUAGUUAAGAUUGGGAUAAUAGUCAAGAUGACUUCAUUCAUACAAUUACAUUUAGUACUAAUUUUAAGAGGAUGACAUUUAUAUAUAUUUUUUAUAUAUAUCCGCCGUAUAGAAAAGGAACCAGAAGAUGACGUUGGUAAAUGACCUUUACUAUAUUACAUAUGUUUUUUUCCUAUCUAAAAUAAGUAUAACUAUUAACGCCGAUUCAUGCACUUAAUGGAACUGUCGAGCAUGAGCAUGCAUGCAGGUUGACAAUAUAUGUUAAUUUAAGAAAAUGACGUACUUUACGCCGUAGAGAAUCGCGUAUGAUUGACCUCUUCUACAUAUGGUUUAUUUAUCUCUUUUAUCUAACUUUAUUGUAUAAAGUAUAAUGCUUUAUAGAGAUUUCGAGCACUGAUGCAUGUGACAUUAUUUAUGAUAAUUUCACAUGUGAAAGUUAUCGCUUUUCAAUUAUCGCUUUUCUGUAAAAAUUAUCGCUUUUCAAAGACUAUCCUUUAUAUAAUAAACAGGAAAAUACAUGCAUGGAUGCUUGGAAAUACCGGAUUUAUGUCUCGUGUGGAACAUGAUAUUUCCGCGCACCCAUUUAUUAUUCUCUAUUUAAUUUACCUCUUACAUGUUGGCAGCUCAGUUUAAACGACUUUUUUUCUAACAGUUUCUCUUUUCCUAAAUCCUAACAUGUGUUUAUAUAAAUUUUUAGCCACUGGAGACAAAAACCAAUAUGAAAUACCAGAGGAUGACGAUGGUAAAUGAAAAAUAGUGAAACCUUUUUAAUUUUAGUUCGUGCAAAAACGUAGUUUGCGACUUUAUGUCGGACUUUAUAACGCGGCGGAAAGUAUAAAGUACAAAUAAUUGGACAUGAACAUUAAUAAAUAUGAAAAAGGAACGCCGAUUACUUUGCAAUUGCAUGAUUGCUUUGCGAUACUUCUAGUGCGAUAGCAGUGAUGGGCUUCAUGAAGUAUGAUACAUCCAAUGAAGUGGCAUCAGUGGCGUUACCGAGGCCAUUACGCUCGGGGGGGGGGUGUAUUUCUCUAUACUUACCGACUGGAAUUCCCCCCUCCCCUAAAACCCUGGAGAGCGGUGGAGGGAAGGGUUUAGAACCAUGCAGCGUCAACUGCGUCUUACUGAAAAAUUUCACGAGUGCAAACAGGUCAUUCACUGAUUUUGCCUAACGUUUUAGUCGGUAUGUCCAUUUACCGACAUUGUAUCAAUUUACCUACCAAUUUCAAACUUUACCGACCAUUUUCCAAAAAUACUGGUGGGCCGGUGUCACAAACACAACACCCCUCUCCUCGGCACGCCCCUGCGUGGCAUUAUCCAUGAUUCAUCAUCUAAUAGAGAUGAUUCAUCAUCUAAUAGAGCAUACUAUAAUAAAAAUGCAGAUCGACGUAUGUAUAUAUUAUUAUGAAUAUCAUUUUUGUUGCUCUUUUUAUCAAUAUAUACAGAAAACAAGGAGCUACUGAAAGUACUAGAAGGCGACGAUGGUAAGUUUUAGUUGUAUUUUUAUUUGUUGUAUAAAUGCAGCUAUAAAAAAAAGCAAUUCUUCCUGUAUCAAUGGGCCAAUAAACGUCAAUAUUGUAAGCAUUAAGCAUCACACUUUGAUGAAAAUGAUAUUUAAUUUGUUCUUUUUUAACAACUGUAGACAAAGAGCUUCCUGAAAUACUACAACCAAGAAAGGAUAAAAACGGUAAAUGGCCCUUUCUAUCGCGAUUCGUCUCAUCUAGAUUACUAUAACUUUAAUUAAUUUACUUUUUAUGUUCAGUUUACGUAAACCCUUUUCUCCAACGAACCGUCAUUGGACCCUAUUAUUACACUUUCAUGCACUGAAGAUGACAUUUAAUUAUAUAUUUUCAGCCAGUGGUGACAACGAAGCUGAAACUCCAGUAUCAGAAGAUGACGAUGGUAAAUGGCCUAUUAUAUCACUAAUAGAACCAAUUAAACAAAACCUAGGAAAAUUACGAUAAUUGCAAGUUAUUAAAAGGAAGGACAUUCCAAAGCAAAACGCAGCACUUAUAUAAGCCUAUUUCCCAUUUCAUUUAUUUAAAGGAGACACAACGUAUCUCCUUCAAUGGCAGUUACAUGCUUUCAUGUCUGCAUGGUUUUCACAAGCGAUGCAAGCUUAAUUAGCAUUGUAUUUAUAAAAGGCCAUCACGGAACAACUGUGGAUCCGCAUAGCUAUGAUACUGUCUAUAUAGGCUGACAAAAAAGUCGUCACAUAUUUUAAAUAAUCUAACGUAAAACUCCUCUCAAAUAUAUAUUUUAGUGACGUCCCAAACAAUGAAAGAGAAAGUGAUCAAACGAAAGAAAACCCAAGCAUUAGAAGACGGGCUAAAAACAUAUUUUCAGCCAUCGUCAAAAAAACGCUCACGAAAACCGAAAAUUUUUUAAAACUUAUACAAUUACAUAUUUCAAAUUCUGUAAAGAUAUAAU